GGGCGGGUUUAGGCAGCCCGGCCGGAGCGGCGGCUGGGCGCUGGCGGCUCCCGGCGCAGAGCGCUGUCGAGGGGGCCGGCGGGCGGAGCUGCCGGGAGCGUCUGCGCGCCGCGGGAGCGUUCCUGCGCCGCCCGAGCGUUCCUGCGCUGCCCGAGCGCGUUCCUCGCCGGCCAAGAGCCUCCCUGCGCCGUCCGCGGCCCGGGACCCCGCCGCCUCCGCACUCGCGGCGACGAUGCGCCCGGAGGACGGCGAGCUGAGCGGACCCGCAGCCCGUGCGUGCGCGCGCUUCCCCGCCGGCGAGGAAGCCUGAGCCCCGAGCCCGGCGCGGGAGGCGCGGGAGGCGCGGGACCCGCUCCCCCGGCGCUCGCCCGCGCGGCCCGCCUAGCUUCCCGCGAUCGCGCGCCCCGGCGGCCGGCGGCGCUCGCCGGCUGUGACCGCCCUGACCGCCGGCCCCGACGCGUCCCCGGCGGCCGCCGGCCGUGCCGCUGCCAUGGGGCUGCCGACCCUGGAGUUCAGCGACUCCUACUUGGACAGCCCGGAUUUCAGGGAGCGCCUGCAGUGUCACGAGAUUGAGCUGGAGCGAACCAACAAGUUCAUCAAGGAGCUCAUUAAGGACGGCUCCCUGCUCAUCGGGGCUCUGAGGAAUCUGUCUAUGGCAGUACAGAAAUUUUCCCAGUCACUGCAGGAUUUCCAGUUUGAAUGUAUCGGUGAUGCUGAAACAGAUGAUGAAAUUAGUAUCGCUCAGUCACUAAAAGAAUUCGCAAGACUACUUAUCGCGGUAGAAGAAGAAAGGAGAAGACUGAUUCAAAAUGCUAAUGAUGUAUUAAUUGCACCACUUGAGAAAUUUCGCAAAGAACAAAUAGGUGCAGCAAAAGAUGGAAAGAAGAAAUUUGACAAAGAGAGUGAAAAAUACUAUUCCAUUCUUGACAAACAUUUAAAUUUGUCUGCAAAGAAAAAGGAAUCUCAUUUGCAAGAGGCAGAUACACAGAUUGACCGAGAACAUCAGAACUUCUAUGAGGCAUCACUAGAAUAUGUCUUUAAAAUUCAAGAGGUUCAGGAAAAAAAGAAGUUUGAAUUUGUCGAGCCGCUUUUAUCAUUCCUUCAGGGUUUAUUUACUUUCUACCACGAGGGAUAUGAACUCGCCCAGGAAUUUGCACCAUAUAAACAACAGCUGCAGUUCAACUUGCAGAAUACGAGGAAUAAUUUUGAAAGUACUCGACAAGAGGUAGAGCGAUUGAUGCAGAGGAUGAAAUCUGCCAAUCAAGAUUACCGGCCACCCAGCCAGUGGACAAUGGAAGGCUACUUGUAUGUCCAGGAGAAACGACCUCUUGGUUUUACAUGGAUUAAACAUUAUUGUACAUAUGAUAAAGGAAGUAAAACUUUUACAAUGAGUGUUUCAGAAAUGAAAUCCAGUGGGAAAAUGAAUGGCCUUGUUACUAGCUCACCAGAAAUGUUUAAAUUAAAAUCUUGUAUCCGACGAAAGACGGAUUCAAUUGAUAAACGAUUCUGCUUUGACAUAGAAGUGGUCGAAAGGCAUGGGAUCAUCACAUUGCAAGCCUUUUCAGAAGCUAAUAGAAAACUCUGGCUUGAAGCCAUGGAUGGGAAGGAACCGAUUUAUACCCUGCCUGCGAUUAUCAGCAAGAAAGAAGAAAUGUACUUAAAUGAAGCAGGGUUCAACUUUGUGAGAAAAUGCAUCCAAGCUGUGGAAACGAGAGGCAUCACCAUUUUAGGUCUCUACCGAAUAGGAGGAGUGAAUUCCAAAGUGCAGAAACUCAUGAAUACCACAUUUUCUCCCAAGUCCCCUCCUGACAUGGACAUUGAUAUUGAACUGUGGGAUAAUAAGACAAUAACAAGUGGACUGAAAAACUACCUCAGGUGCCUUGCAGAGCCACUGAUGACUUACAGAUUACACAAAGACUUUAUUGUUGCUGUUAAAUCUGAUGACCAAAACUACCGGGUGGAGGCUGUACAUGCAUUGGUGCACAAGUUGCCAGAGAGAAACAGAGAGAUGCUGGACAUCUUAAUAAAGCACCUGGUCAAAGUGUCCCUACACAGUCAACAAAAUCUCAUGACAGUCUCAAACCUUGGUGUCAUAUUUGGUCCAACUCUAAUGAGAGCACAGGAAGAAACUGUGGCUGCCAUGAUGAAUAUUAAGUUUCAGAAUAUUGUGGUUGAAAUUCUGAUAGAGCACUAUGAAAAGAUUUUUCACACUGCCCCAGACCCCAGCAUCCCUCUUCCUCAGCCUCAGUCUCGAUCCGGAUCCCGGAGGACACGUGCAAUCUGCCUCUCCUCAGGCUCCCGGAAGCCCAGAGGGAGGUAUACUCCGUGUUUGGCAGAACCUGACAGCGACUCCUACAGCAGCAGCCCCGACAGCACGCCCAUGGGGAGCGUCGAGUCCCUCUCCUCCCACUCCUCCGAGCAGAACAGCGCCAUGAAGCCUGCCUCCUGCCCGCCCAGGGAGAGGUCUGCCGGGAUCCCGUGGAUUGCGGCCCCAUCGCCCAGCAACGGACAGAAGAGCCUUGGUCUCUGGACCACGAGUCCCGAGUCAAGUUCUCGAGAAGACGCAACCAAAACGGACGCGGAAUCAGACUGCCAGAGCGUCACCUCCGUCACCAGUCCCGGGGACGCGUCCCCACCCAUCGACCUGGCCAAGAAGGGGCCCUAUGGGCUCUCGGGACUGAAAAGAGCCUCGGCUUCCUCCCUCAGAUCCGUCUCUGCGGCUGAAGGAAACAAGAGCUACAGCGGAUCCAUUCAAAGUUUAACUUCCAUAGGUUCCAAAGAGACACCCAAAGCCACGCCAAACCCAGAUCUGCCUCCAAAAAUGUGCAGGAGGUUAAGGCUGGACACCGCCUCCAGCAACGGCUACCAGCGCCCCGGCUCCGUUGUGGCAGCAAAGGCCCAACUAUUUGAAAACGUUGGUUCAGUUAAGUCAGUUUCUUCUGGACGCCAAGCCAAAGCCAUGUACUCCUGUAAAGCAGAGCACAGCCAUGAGCUUUCCUUCCCACAGGGGGCGCUAUUCUCCAACGUGUACCCAUCAGUGGAACCAGGAUGGUUGAAGGCAACUUAUGAAGGCAAAACAGGACUCGUCCCAGAAAAUUACGUUGUCUUCCUCUAAUGCUAUUUAGUGGAUGGCAGUAUCUUCAUGGUAUCCAUGGUAACAAGUAAUAAGUGCUAUGAUUUUAUCUGACACAGAUAUAAGGAUCAGCCCAUUAAAAUGAAAAAUAAUCCAUUUCUAGUGAGUUUUCCACAGCAGAAUAUGUAGCUCCAUUAACAGAAAGGGAAAAAAAUGUUUAAGUUGUUUGCCAUUCUUUUUUUAUCUUGGGCUGAUUUCUUAUUUUGAAAUAGCUUAUCCCCAUCCCCUGCUUUUUUUUUUUUUUUUUUAAUAAGUAACUCUCCACAAUGUCUCUUUAAUAACAUUUAUAAAAAUCUCAAAUACUGUGUUAAGUACUACAUCCCAGAAAUUUGGAAACCAGAAAUCUGCUAUAAGACUUUUAAGACCUGCCCGUUACUGUCUGGUAUUCUCUGAGAAACCUUGAAAUCAUUGCUAAA